CCGAGUCCGUCCCGCCGUCAGACGAUAGAUUGAUGCCAUGGCCCAUCCCUUGGUCGACGUGGUAGUACCCCACCCGGUCCCGUCCAACGAUAUUGCCACGAUCCACGAAUCCCUUUCUUUCUGACGCUAAAACGAUGCGAAGACGGGCUGCAAUGAUACCCUAGGCCGUGCCGGCGUUUCCAGCUGCAGAAAGAUAUCACAUAUGCUAGGUGAUCACCGCGUCGUGGCUUCAUGGACCACGUAACCCCUUCCUCUGAAAGCGGAAAAUCCCUCAUCUUCCUUGUCGAUGUGUCUCCGCCGAAGAUUAGAAUGGGUCUCGAAGUGUAUUUUCGAGCAUUUCGGGCCUUUCAUUCCAUAUGAGGUUGAGGUUUGUGAAGCGAGAUACAAUCACGUGCCGCUUAGUUCAUGCCGAACAACAGUCCGCUUCACGAGCGUUCUGUUAUGGGGACAAACCAUUGGCCAAUGGCUCCUUCUUCGACGGUACUUCAUCAAUUCGGGACGAAGAACUUUUCCAGCCAAUCUUGGGCGCUAUUGUCCACCAACUCCUCCAUGGCGAAGCUAUGGUCAAGCGUUGUGAGACGCAUGGGCCAGCGCCCGCUCGGCACACUUCAGCGUAUUGGUUGGACCAUCUUCACUCUACUGGUUCUCCAAAUGGCUUCGUGUUCUUGGUUCUUAGGCCGUUACCCGAUUCCUUCACGCUUCACCGAUGGUGCUCGAUCACCCCUCGCCUCCACUAGACUUCCAAGUUGCUACGCUUGGCUGACACAAAUCUUGCAAGCCCUUCUUCUACGGACUUGAGACAUCAUCAGCCAGUCACCUUAUCUGCUCAUCCUGCAUCAGCCUGCCUGGGUUAUUACCUUCGGUCAUCCAUUAUGCCACUUGAGUGGAACACUAGCCCUUACCGCAUUGCAUGUUGCAUUGCACCGUCGGCUCACUCCAUCCAGCUGAUCACCUUCUCCACCCAACGG